AUGACGAUCGUGGUGGCCCUGACGAUGACGAUCGUGAGUGUUGUCCUGGUGGCUCUGGUAGUCCUCAUCUCCAUCGCCAUCAUCGUCCACUCUGCGAUCGGCUGUGUCAGCGGAAACUGUGUGUGCUGCACGAAUUCUCGGAACCACAACAUGGUCCUUGAGAUCACUCCCCAGGCCGAGACGUUUGAGUUCACGAGUGAGAUCCUGACUCAGAUCUCGGUCCAGAGCGCGCUGCGGCCGCAGGACGUGGAGCACCUCAGGGCACCAGCAGAGGAGCUGCCGGGACAGAUGCAGCAGCAGCAGGACACCGACGCCAGGAAACUGGAGAAAUAUCAGGUGGACAACAUCUGCUGAAGAUCUAAAGCAACGACGAUAUCUGCUUGAUCAGACUGUAAGGUUGAAAUUAUGGACCAAAUGUGUCAUGGCAGAAUUAGAUACAAAUAUUUAUCAAUUCUUUGUACCGAUUCGGGGGGAUCGUUUACACAUCAGCAACGGUUACCUUAUAUAUAUGAAAACAUUAACAGA